UAACCCAUCCACCUCCUCCUCUCUCUCAACCAUGCAUGUAGUGCGUAGUUAACACAUUUUGGACAUCGCAAAUAAAAAGGGGAAGAGAUAGGGAGAGAGAGGAAGACUCUGAGCGCACACUGCUCUUCCUCCCUCCGCCUCCGCCAUCUCCGCUUCCCGAGGUAACCCUAACGAUCCCAAUCGGUAGCCUCGCGUGCGCCCAGCUGAGCGAGCUCUCCUUCCUCCGCCGCCCGCCGUUUGUCCUCCCCUGGAGGGUCCCUGCACGAUCGGGCAUCCAAGACGGGCGUUUUCGAUCACUGAAGAGGUAUUUCCAUUGCAUAACAAUGUGGGUCUGACUUGCAUGGGGAGAGAAUGCCAGAGCUGCGAAGUGGAGCACGGCAAGGUCAUCUAAGAUCAAAGAAUCCUGACAACGUUGCAGCCCCCACAAGAUCUUUAGGACAAGCAGAAAAUCCAAUAUUGCCUGCUCAAAACAGAAGGCGGGGUGGUGCUGGAAGAGGACGAGGUGGAAAUGCUGCGGCAAUAGCUAAAAGGACUUCAGCAACACCAGCUAGGCCAGUUGUUGGUGUUCGAGGAAGAGGCACCCCACUUAUUGACUUAGACCCUGAUCAGCCUUGUGAGAUACUCCCUCAAGCGGUGGAAGGAGCCAUAGUUGAGGGUGCCCAAAACUUGAUUAUAAACCAAGCAGCACAUCAAGUUGCUGGUAAAAAUAUAGCAAUGAAUGGUGGAAGUGCUGAAAAGGUCAUAGGAGUUGAAGAUGAAUCUGCCACAGCUCCUGUACCUGAGAGGGUUCAAGUGGGUAAUUCACCUGUCUAUAAGGUAGAGAAAAAAUUGGGCAAAGGUGGUUUUGGUCAGGUCUAUGUUGGUCGAAGAGUAUCUGGUGGAACAGUGGGAUCAGGUCCAGAUGCUUAUGAGGUGGCUCUUAAACUUGAGCAUCGAAGUAGCAAGGGCUGCAAUUUUGGCCCACCAUAUGAGUGGCAGGUUUACAACUCUCUCAAUGGUUGUUAUGGAAUUCCAUGGGUCCACUAUAAGGGCCUUCAGGGGGAUUAUUACAUUUUGGUUAUGGAUAUGCUUGGUCCUAGUCUUUGGGAUGUUUGGAACUCAGUUGGCCAAUCGAUGUCUCCAAGUAUGGCUGCCUGCAUUGCUGUGGAGGCUAUAGCAAUUCUAGAGAAGCUUCACUUGAAGGGCUUUGUGCACGGAGAUAUUAAGCCAGAGAACUUUUUGCUAGGACAACCAGGAACUGCUGAUGAGAAGAAACUUUUCCUUAUUGAUCUUGGUUUAGCAUCAAGAUGGAAAGAAGCAUCAUCUAGCCAACAUGUUGAAUAUGAUCAACGGCCUGAUAUUUUUAGAGGAACAAUUAGGUAUGCAAGUGUACAUGCUCAUUUAGGUCGUACAGGUAGUAGGAGGGAUGACCUGGAAUCGUUGGCAUAUACACUGGUAUUUAUCAUGAGAGGAAGGCUACCUUGGCAAGGUUAUCAGGGAGAUAACAAGAGUUUUCUAGUGUGUAAGAAGAAAAUGGCUACACCUCCAGAGUUAUUAUGCUGUUUCUGUCCACCUCCAUUCAAACAAUUUCUUGAGAUUGUGACAAAUAUGAAAUUUGACGAAGAGCCAAACUAUUCAAAGCUUAUAUCCCUUUUUGACAGUUUGAUUGAACCAUGCACUUCUCUUAGACCAAUCAAGAUUGAUGGAGCUCUGAAGGUGGGCCAGAAGCGAGGUAGAUUGCUUGUAAACCUUGAAGAGGAUGAACAGCCUAAGAAGAAAGUACGAUUGGGAAGCCCAGCAACUCAAUGGGUAUCAGUUUACAAUGCUAGAAGACCAAUGAAACAGAGAUACCACUAUAACGUAUCAGAUGCAAGACUUCAACAACACAUAGAGAAAGGAAUGGAAGAUGGUUUAUAUAUCAGUUGUGUGGCAUCUUCUACAAAUCUCUGGGCACUUAUUAUGGAUGCAGGGACAGGUUAUUGCUCACAGAUCUACGAGCUAUCACCAGUCUUCUUGCAUAAGGAUUGGAUUAUGGAGCAAUGGGAGAAGAACUACUAUAUAACUGCAAUAGCUGGUUCAACAAAUGGGAGUUCAUUAGUUGUAAUGUCUAAAGCUACACAGUAUACACAACAAUCCUAUAAAGUUAGUGAAUCUUUUCCUUUCAAGUGGAUCAGUAAGAAAUGGAAGGAAGGCUUUCAUGUUACAUCCAUGACUACAGCAGGCAACCGCUGGGGAGUAGUCAUGUCCAGAAACGCUGGCUACUCUAACCAAGUUGUAGAGUUAGAUUUUCUUUAUCCAAGUGAAGGAAUCCACAGACGAUGGGAGAGUGGCUACCGGAUAACUUCUGCUGCUGCUACUCCUGAUCAAGCUGCUUUUAUCUUGAGCAUACCAAAAAGAAAAGUGCCAGAUGAGACACAGGAAACUCUUCGAACUUCUGCAUUUCCAAGCAACCAUGUAAAGGAAAAAUGGGCGAAGAACCUCUAUAUUGCUUCCAUUUGCUAUGGCCGAACAGUCUCCUGAAGAUCGAUGGGCUACCUGGAUUGGGGAAAGUUGCAUGACUCCACGUUUCUGCACUCAUUGCUUCACGGAAGCACAUGGCAAGAUGGCAAAAUAAGUCUGUCUGCAUAUUCUCCUUGAAAUGAGUUGGAAUUUUAAUUGUUCAGCUGGCAUACUAUCUCUUUAUGUGACCGGUAAAAUAUUUUGCACUCCCCCAAUCUCGGCCCACGAUUGAGGACCACUCAGGUCCCUAUACUCGCUUUGUUGUCAUAUAAGCAAUUUUUAAAGCGAUAAAAAACCAGUCUCUUCUUGUUUGUGCUUCUGAUGAGAAUGAAACCAAACAGAAUAUAUUCGGUUCUUAGCUUUGGAGAGUUGUGUAACAUUACAUACUUAAAGAUGUAUUGAAUGUCUCAUGAACUACACUUAAAAGGGACCUUAAUGGUGUGACUCGCCAAGUCAGAUGAUUUGGCUACAGCUCAGAUCAGAUUUCUGAAUUUAUAAUUGUAUAUAUGAAUUUGCUAA